AUGCUUCGGCGCAUCCUUCGCUCCAUGAUGACCUCGGAGGCCGUGAAAAAGGUUCCCAUCCCGCCUCGCGGGGUGGACUACCGCGGCAAGAUCGUGCUGGCGCCAAUGGUGCGUUCGGGCGAGCUGCCGUCGCGACUGCUGGCUCUGCAAUAUGGAGCCGAUCUGGUCUGGGGUCCCGAGACGAUCGACAAGUCGCUGAUCGGCACGACGCGGCGGUUCAACGAGCGGACCCAGACGAUUGAGUGGUCACGCAUGCCGUCGAGCUUCUCGCCACACACGACGCCGAAAGAGUCGGUGCUGUACCGGAUCGACCCGGCGCACGAGGGUGCACGGCUGGUCUUCCAGAUGGGCACGUGCAACCCAGACACGGCAGAAGCAGCAGCUCGACUGGUGGCGGCGGACGUGGCCGGCAUCGACAUCAACGCUGGCUGCCCGAAGCCGUUCUCGACCGACGGCGGCAUGGGCGCGGCCCUGUUGAAGACGCCGGACCUGUUGUGCGCCAUUCUGGAGCGGCUGGUGGCCACGAUCACGCCGGCCUUUGGCAUCGGCAUCAGCGUCAAGAUUCGGCUGCUGGCCGAUGCCGCCGAAACAAAAACGCUCGUGCGCCGGCUCGUCGCCACUGGCAUCACCGGCCUGACGGUGCACUGCCGCACGCGCAAUAUGCGGCCACGUGAACGGGCUAUCCGCGAUCAGCUCCGCAUGGUCGCCGACGAGUGCCGGGCGGCCGGUGUGGCCUGUCUGAUGAAUGGCGAUGUCACGUCACGUGACCAGGCUUUGAGCCUCAUGGCCGAAUACGGCGUCGACGGCGCCAUGAUCGCCACGGCGGCCGAGCGCAAUCCCAGCUGCUUCCGUGCCGAAGGUGACGGUGGCCUCGCAGCCUGGCCCGAAGUCGUCGAGCACUACGUGCGCCAUGCGAUCGCCGUCGGCAACCGCUUCGGCAACACCAAGUACCUGCUCGUUCAGAUGGUACCCGGCCGCCAGUCCGAGACCAUGGGCCUCAGCCGCUGCCACAACUACGUCGACGUCUGCCGCUCCCUCGACCUGCCCGGCUUGCUGGCUGCUGCCCACGACACCGACGCCGCCCUCGGCAUCGACCCUGACAGCCUGCUCGCCAAUAAGGCGGCCAAGGAGGCCGAGCAGUCCGCCAAGCGCAAGGCCAGGGCCGAGGCCAGAGAGAUGGCUGAAGGCGCGGCUGCACAGCGUCAGCACAAACGGCUGAAGAGCAGUGUCGAGGCUGUAGAAGGAGAGGUUGCUAAGGCUGCAGAAGCUGCCGUUAUCUCGGUGCCACCUCCAUCUGGCCCAGCUCUUGCUGCAGCAUCAGUAUGA